AUGAAACAGUUCAGCCUUGCCGAGGUGGCACGACAUGCCCAAAGGGACGACCUGUACAUCAUCUACCAAAGUCAGGUGUACGAAGUGACCAACUUUCUUUCCGAGCACCCAGGAGGAGAGGAUGUCAUUCUAGAGCUCGCCGGCAAGGAUGCCACCGAGGCCUUUGACGAAGUCGGCCACUCCGAAGACGCUCAGAACCAGCUCCACGAACUUCUGAUCGGCUCGCUGGACCAACAGUCCUCCGCGACCCUGGCGACCAAGAAGAAGGCGACCACCGGGACCACCAAGACCACCUCCGUCCCUUUCAGCCCCGUCACCCUCGGCGGCCUGGUCAUCGCGGCGGCGGCAGCGGUAUGGGUAUAUACGCAGAAGAAGUAG